AUGGCAAGUCUUGAAGAAGAACUAAGGAUCUGGAAGGAAAGAGUUGAAAAAGCUGAAAAACAAAAAGCUGAACUUGCCUGCCAAUUAAAUGCUGAAGAAGGGUGUGCUACAGCAGAGGAGGAUCUGAUAAAGCUACAUGUUGAAGAGGAGCAGCAGAAGGACAUGAUGAUGCCUAGGGAUACCUAUGAGAGAGAACUCUCUGAACUAAACCAAGAAAACACUGAGCUGCAGAGAGAGAUUGAAAAGCUCAAAGAAGAGAUUGCAGAAUGGACUUCAGAGCUUUCACAGCAUAGGAAGAAGGUAGCAGAAGUGAAAAUGAAGUUCACUCACAUGGAAGCUAUGCAGGAUGAUGAUGAAGAUAUGAAUAUUCACUGUGUUUUUGGAGUAGCUACAAAAAGCCCAUUCAGACUGAAAAAAAAUGAGGCACUGCUUACUUUUGAAGAUGAAGAAGUUGCCCAGAGGCUGAUAAAAAUGGGUGAGCACACUGUGGACCUGGACAACAAAAAAGCAUAUGUGAAAGUGCAGCCUGUUACACUUGAAAUGGGAGUAAAAUUUCAGCUCCAUGUCACUAUUUCUGGAAAGAAGAUCAACGUCUUCGAAGUCCCUGACCUGUCCAUCCCUGAUGACUGGAUGAGAGACAAACUAGAGCUGAAUUUCUACAGAUCUGAACAGGGAGGAGGAGGAGAAGUAGAAAAUGUGGAGUAUGACAGGCAGUCUGGAGCAGCUGUGAUUACUUUCCUCACACCUGGAGCAGCUAACAGCUUUAUGAAAUGUACCAGCUAUCCUUUCUUUGCAAAUGGAAGGUGCUACAGGCUUCCCGUGUCCCAAAGCACUGAUGCACACUUGGAAAAGUUUCAGCUCUAUUGCGGGAUUUCUAAGAGGACCAUUCUGGUGAAAGGAAUUAAAGAUGCAGAAGAUGAUGAGGAGAUCGUACAGGACAUGAUUGAAAUUCAUUUUCAAAAGCCUACUAAUGGUGGUGGGGAAGUAGACAAAAUCAAAUACUCAUCAGGAGGAACAUGUGUUUGUUUUGAGGAGGAUGUUUAG